GUGGUUGAUCCCGGCACCUAAAUGACACUUCCGCACUCUAGAACAGUGAAAUUCGUGGUUAAUGUGUUCUUAAAUUUAAAAAAAGUGCGCGCCCGCGCGUGUGUGUGUGUGCACGAGAGAUUACCAUCAACGGACUUCAUUUCCCAGCGUGCCCCGUGCAUUGGUGCAAAUGCCAAAAUGGCGGCUCCAUUGACGCUCCUGCUGAUCGUGGCUGUCACUAUCCGUGCAGCUCUUUUUAGGUCCACUUUUGCAUAUUGGAUCGCCGAGAGGGUAGAGGUGGUGUCCCCGUUAACCGCAUGGAAGAGAGUUGUGGAAGGUUUGGCUCUACUGGAUUUGGGAGUGUCGCCCUAUGCGGGAGAUGUGUUUCAUGAGACCCCUCUCAUCAUCUACUUCUUCCACUUCCUGGUGGACUAUGCAGAAAUUACAUUCAUCCUGGCCGACAUCAUCGUGGCGGUGGCCUUCUACUACGUGGUGAAGGAAUACAACAAGCAAGUGUUCAGGAAGCAGAAAUUCGCUCUGGAAGCCGACCGCUACCCCGCAGACUGUCACGAGCUGGUCCGAACCCCCAAAGAGAUGUACUACAUCCCCCUCAAAGCGGCUCUGUUUUACCUUCUGAACCCGUUCACCGUGCUGUCCUGCGUCGCCAAGUCCACGUGCUGCCUGAACAACGCCGUGGUGUCGCUCUUCCUCCUGGCCACGGUGAAAGGGAACAUGUUGCUGAGCGCCAUUUUCUUGGCCUUGGCCACAUACCAGAGCCUCUACCCGCUCACGCUGUGCGUCGGCGCGCUGCUCUACCUCAUGCAGCGUCAGUUUAUCCCCAUCAACGCAUAUCGGCUGAGUUUCUGGUGGUUCGUGGCCCAAUACGCCUUCAUGUAUCUGGGCAGUCUCCUGGUGAUGGUGGCCCUCUCCUUCUUCCUGCUGGGCUCGUGGGACUUCCUGCCUUCAGUCUACGGCUUCAUCCUUUCUGUCCCCGACCUGACGCCCAACAUCGGCCUCUUCUGGUACUUUUUCGCCGAGAUGUUCGAACACUUCCGCCUCUUCUUCCUCUGCGUCUUUCAGAUUAACAUCUUCGUCUACACCGUCCCUCUGGCCAUCAAACUCAGGGAGCAUCCGAUCUUCCUGAUUUUCAUGCAGCUGGCCAUCAUCUCCAUCUUCAAGUCGUAUCCAACAGUGGGCGACAUCGCUCUCUACAUGGCCUUUCUUCCCAUCUGGAGUCAUCUGGCCAGAUUCCUUCGCAACGUGUUCCUGGUUUCCUGCAUGCUGCUGAUGUGUUCGGCGCUGUUUCCGGUGUUGUGGCACUUGUGGAUUAACGCCGGCAGCGCCAAUGCUAACUUCUACUUCGCCAUCACGUUGGUCUUCAACAUCGCUCAGAUGCUGCUGGUGUCGGACUAUUUCUAUGCCUUCUUGAGGCGAGAGCACCACCUGGUCCACGGACUCUACCCAAAGAAGAAAGACGGCUCUGAGGCCACGCUGGUGCUCAAAUAAAACCUUCAAAUGCUGGAGGGUGGAGAAGGAACGAUGUCCGGAUGUGACGGGCCAUUCUUCGAAUCAUUCUCACCCAUCUCCUGGCUUCUUGCGGGCCUCUCAGAACGGGUGACCCCCCUCCCCCCGCCCCCCCCCCCACCACAAAAUUCAGCCCACCGUUGCUUUUUCAUAUUUGAAAGCGAUCAAUUAUUCACCCAAAAAUGAAACCAUUCCAUUUUUGUGCUCAAGCCAAAGCAAGAAUAGAAACUAUGUUGAAGUGAUUUGAGCCGCAUCGAGAUAAAAGGAGGACUUUUCGCCAUCAAGGCGAUCAACGAUGGCACUGGAAAUCCACUUCUUUUAGUUCCCAGUAGUUUUGAGUCCUACGAAUCGUUUGCCUGACAGUUCAGCUCAUCGGUGGCAAAUUGAGUGAUGUCACACGCAAGAAUUUUUUUAGGUUCUGAACUUAACCAAUGCGACGUCAAGGCUGUAUUUUAUGCUAAUUAUGUCCAAAUUGGUUUGGAUUGCGUUAAAUGCAAAAAUAGCACAAAGUAUUCCCAAAUGUUGAGAGCCCAAGUGUCAUAUUCGGAAACUCGUCUAGUGACAACAAAUCUCUAUACUUGGUGAAUUAAAUGAAUUCACCCAUUUGGAAUUACCCACGGUUAAAAAAAAAAAGCCAAUUUAUUUUGUAUUGUUUUGGUUUUUUUUGGGGGGGGGGUCUAAGUACAACCUACUCACUCAGGAUUAUUUUCUUUUCAUUUUAGUGUGUGGCAUUAAACCACUUUGAGAGGUCAUGCAUAUGAAGACGUAUGGAUGGUUUGGGGUUUUUUUGGGAGGGGGUAAAAACUUUUCUAACAAGCGUUUUGUUUACAUUGAGAAUGUUUAGUGUGGAAGCUGCUAGUUGAUUUCUACGCACUGUUUAUUUUUAAAUUUCUCGUCUUUGGUAUUUACGGAGGCGGCCCGGUAGUCCAGUGGUUAGCACGUGGGCUUCACAGUGCAGAGGUACCGGGUUCGAUUCCAGCUCCGGCCUCCCUGUGUGGAGUUUGCAUGUUCUCCCCGGGCCUGCGUGGGUUUUCUCCGGGUGCUCCGGUUUCCUCCCACAUUCCAAAAAUAUGCAUUGCAGGCUGAUUGAACACUCUAAAUUGUCCCUAGUUGUGAGUGUGAGUGUAAAUGGUUGUUCGUCUCUGUGUGCCCUGCGAUUGGCUGCCAACUGAUCCAGGGUGUCCCCCGCCUACUGCCCGAAGACAGCUGGGAUAGGCUCCAGCACCCCCCGCGACCCUAGUGAGGAUCAAGCGGCUUGGAAGAUGAAUGAAUGAAUGAAUGGUAUUUACGGACGGACCGAACGGAGACUGUUUUGGGAGAUAAUUUAUUUUGUACAGUAAAACAGGCGAGGUCCUCACAUGGUCGUUGAGUAUUUAACAAACGAAAAAAAAAAUAUUCCGUCAAAUGUUGACACACAGCAGCAAGUUUGUUACCAUUUUCCUUUCUUUGUGCAAUAAACACGAUGGAAAGAU